UGAAAAAUACAAAAAAAAAUAAAAAUAAUGAAUUCAUGCAAAAUUUAAGCAAAAUAGUGUGACAGCAUAAACAAAUAAAUUGAGCAAAGGCGCUUUAACAAAUGUGCGAAAUCGUGCGCAGAUUGUGAGGAGAACGACGAGAGAGGAAAGCGGGAAAGAAAAAUGUGCUACAAGCUGCGCUAAAAUCUGUGACAAGCUAAAUUUGCAGGCUAGAGCAACAACAGCAACAAUAGCAAGAACAGCAAAUAACAAGAACAACAAUAAGAGGAACAGGACGCUGCCAAAUUUGUCGGGCAGCCAAUUAAAUUUUGCGCCCCGCCGUUUGUUCUAAAAAACAUUCAAAAUUAUACUCGAAAUGGAUAUGACCUCGACAGCGGAGGCUGCCGCACGCAGCUGGUACGACAGUCCGCGCUUAGGGGGCUCACCACAGACCAAUGGAUUGGGCAGUACCGGCAGCAGUCUGGCCCACAGCCACCACAGCCUAUCCAGCGGUGCCUCGUCGGCGGGCAGCAGUGUCGGCGGCUUAGGCGGCGGUGCGGGCGGCACUGGCGCCGGCCUGGGACUCGACACCAGCGAUAUGAGCGCCUUCUAUGCGCUGGAAAGCAAUGGCCAUCAUCGUAGAUACUAUCCGAGCUAUCAUCAGCACACUUCCCGUAUGGCAUCGUCACAUGCCACGCCGCAAGUGUGUCGGCCGCACUUUCAUACGCCGCUCAGCCCGUGGCUGACCAGCGAGCAUAAAUCAUUUGCACCCGCUAGCGCUUGGAGCAUGGGCCAGUUUGCUUGCCCGCAGGAGCCGCAGGUGGAGCACAAGCUCGGCCAAGUGGGCCAGAGUCAUCAGACAACGGCAGCGGGCCAGCAUUCGUUUCCAUUCCCACCGACACCGCCAAAGGAUUCGACACCCGAUUCAGUACAAACCGGUCCAUCGGAAUAUCAGGCCGUGAUGAACGCGUUCAUGCAUCAGCAGGCGACGGGCACUACCUCAUUAACGGACGCCAGUUGUGCGCUGGACAUCAAGCCGGCGCUACAAAAUGGCGUCGGCGUCGGCAUCUCCGGGAGCAGCGCAUCGCAAUCGUCGGCCCCCAAGCAGCGUGAAGGUAGUUCAAGCAGUAACAAUAAUUCUAAUAGCAACAACAACAACAACAGCAGCAGUGGCAGCCAAGCGCCGCAGCAGCAACAGCAGCAACAACAGCAGAACAGUAACAACAACAAUAACAGCAAUGCCUCAGCCUCCUCCGCCUCCACAUCGAAUGGUCUGUUUGAUGGCACGGCCCAAGCGCAUUACGCCAACAGUCAGGCGGUAGCAGCGGCCGCGGCGGCCAACAACUACGACUCCAGUUAUGCCUCCUACCAUCAUGCGGCGGCCCAGCACCAAGCGGCUGUGGCAGCGGCCAACAUGUUCCAAAGUUCCUCCGUGGCAGCGGCCGCCGUGCGGCAUAGCAUGGGCGCAGCAGCGGCAGCGGCGCACCAUCAUCAUCAUAGUCAUCAUCAUGGUGUGGGUGCGUCCGGGUCGGCUGUAGGGGCUAGUUCUGGACAUAUGCAUGGUGGCAGCGGAGGAGCUGGCGGCAUGGGCGGCAUGUUGGGCAAUGGCCUGCAACCGCAUGGCGGCAACGGGGGCAACAGCAACAACAACAACUCCAGCAGCAACGACAUAAAGCCCGUGCGCACGAAACCCCGGACCAGUGCUGAGGGCCGGGAAUGCGUGAACUGUGGUGCCACCUCAACGCCAUUGUGGCGACGUGAUGGCACUGGCCACUAUCUGUGCAACGCCUGUGGCUUAUACUACAAAAUGAAUGGCCAAAACCGACCGUUGAUCAAGCCAAAGCGAAGACUGACCCUGCAGUCACUACAGAGCGCUGCGAAGCGUGCGGGAACAUCGUGUGCGAACUGCAAAACCACAACCACAACCCUUUGGCGACGUAAUGCCAGCGGCGAGCCUGUCUGCAAUGCCUGCGGUCUCUACUACAAGCUGCACAAUGUCAAUCGUCCACUCACCAUGAAGAAGGAAGGCAUACAGACGCGUAAUCGCAAACUGAGCUCAAAAUCAAAGAAGAAAAAGGGUCUGGGCGGCGGCUGCCUACCAAUCGGCGGUCAUUUGGGCAUGGGCGACUUCAAGCCACUCGAUCCGUCCAAGGGCUUCGGUGGCGGCUUCUCAUCGAUGGCACAACACGGACACCUUUCCAGCGGUCUCCAUCCCGCACAUGCGCACAUGCAUGGUAGCUGGUAUACCGGCGGCAUGGGCGCAUUGGGCGCCUCAAGUGGCCUGCAAGGUGGUUUCUCCACGGCCGGUUCAUUGGGGGGCGGUGUGGUGCCGCACUCCCAGCCCUAUCACUUGGGUCUGAGCUCCAUGGGCACUUGGCGGACUGACUAUACGUGA